AUCGACACCGGGGACUCUGAGCCCGGGGCUGCGGGUCACCACGGGAACGCAACCACCGUCCCACCCCCUCCCCGUCCCCCGGAAGCAGGAAGCGGCCGCCGGGUCCGCCUCCACCGCGGGCGGGAGGAGCCCGGAGCCGGGCGGCGGAGCGGGGGAUUUUUCAUCGGAGGCCAUGGAGCUUUCAGCCAACGAGCUCAGCAUCUAUGACAAGCUAUCAGAGACCAUUGAUCUGGUGAGACAGACUGGCCACCAGUGUGGGAUGUCAGAAAAAGCCAUCGAGAAAUUCAUCAAGCAGCUCUUGGAAAGAAACGAACCCCAAAGGGGCCCUCCCCGCUACCCUGUCUUAGUGGCUGUCUACAAGGGCCUGCUCACGCUGGGACUGGUCUUGCUAACUGUGUACUUCGUGAUCCAGCCGUACAGCCCGCUGCCACCUGAAGCUCCGCUCUCCAGAGCCCAUGCCUGGGGCUCCCUCAUCGGUCACAUCCGCCUGCUCUCUCUCCCUAUUGCCAAGAAGUACAUGCUUGAGAAAUGCCAGGACUGGUGGGCAGCAGGUUGCAUGCAGAACGCUUCCACGCUUCCUGCAAACUGCACAGCGUGUUCUACUGUGAAGAGCCUUCAGCUGGUGACAGACAUCAGGGAGCUAUCAGAAAAACUCCAGAGUUCUCAGCCUUUUCUAAUCAAGACAGGACAAUCUCUCUCCUAUGAAGAACUAAAGCACUUUCAGUCCCAGGAUCCCGAACUGGCAGAGAUUAUAAUAGAAGAAAAUUCAUCUGAAUUGUGGAGCUGCCUCCCGAGACAGAGCUUCCCGUUUUUCCUUCCUUGGAACAAGUCUGUGAACAGAACCCAGAUUCUGCAGGAAUUUUUCCCUACUUCCUCUUUGCUGUCUUUCCCCAAGACAGUGUCCCUAGAGAGCUGCUUCCUCAUCCGCCAUCCGGAUUUGGGGAACAAGAGCUACAGUUUGCACAGCCUCUUUGUUGUUGGAAGUGGACAGCUCACCCUGACUGUUGUACCUCUGGACAAGUGCCGAGGACGCUGUGAGAUGUUCAAGGUGGAUCUGGAAGCUGGAGAUUUGGGUUAUGCCAGCGUGGAUUACUGGACGAUGAGCUUCGUGGCCAAAGGGACAGAGCCAGUGGUUGUUUGUUAUGGAGCUGCUAGCUAAGGACUGUGGCAUAGGAAAACAGCUACUUCCAGGGCAAGAAGACUUUCAGCUUUGAAGCCAAGGCAACAUCUUGAAAGCGAUAGAGUGGGGCAACUGUGACAGGCAGCUUUGCCACCCUGCAUGUUUACAGUGUUUAAAAAUGACUGUUGUCCUGACCCUUGAGGUAAUUCCUUGCCUUUUCCCAGAUGUAUUCUGGGAAAAGCUCAAGCUAUUUAUGAUCUUUCCUGUCCCCUCAGGUAAGCUCUGGGCUGGCAGCAAGGGUUUUUUCCAGGAGCAACAGGAGGGUUUCUCAGGAUGAGGUUAAUCUUGUGUCCUUUCUGGAUUGAUGGCACUUCUGAAACUUCUUGGGGGGCUUCGGGGUGGGGGGGAAUCAUUGGGAGUGGAAGGUGUGUGUGACAUUUCUUUAUACAUUCCUCCUGGGGAGGAGGCUUGAAGCCUGCCUUGUCAGGCCAUCUCUAUAAAGGGAAUGGAUUGACAUCCCCCACCUCCACCUCACCUCUCUCACACUUGUGUUGCCUCAGCAGUGUUCCCUGCUUCACCACCCUCAGCUCUGUGCCUCAUGGCUGACACCAGCCCUGCAGCCUCGGGGCAGAGACCCUCCCCCACUGCACCACUCUUGUACCAAAUGAAUCUGUUCAGCCCUCUUUGUGAUCCCUCUUCUGCAGCUCUCUAUCAGCAGGCUGUAGGUGACUCAAACUGUGAGUGCGCUUUCUUCUCCCAGUGCAGGUUUUUGUGGUCGUGGUGCUGAGAGUGUAAUUCUGUUUGGAGAACAGGGCUGGAUGCAGAAAAGCUCUCUCCAAGAUCACCUUCUGCUUGUGCACCUGAGACACUGGGGUUGUGUGAUUGCUUUCAUGUAUCCCUUGCUUUGAGAGGUGCUGCCCGUGUUCCCAGCCCAGGCUACCUGAGGGAGCACCACAAAUUUUCCAUGUCCCUGGCUUUUUUAUUUUAUUUUAUUUUUUUUGCAUCGAUUUCUUCCAGACCUGAAACUCUGUCUUCAGAAUGAAUGUUGGUUUUUCCUGACUCUGUUCCAAGCUGCCUUUGCAUGCUUCCUGUUGCUUGAGCAACUGCUUUAUCCAGUGCCCUGAGAGAGGCUUGGUUUCAGUGUUUGCAGGCUGCGGAUGCUGCGGUCCCUUCCAAGUUUGAUCCUUUGGGUCUGUUCCUGCUGCUGAAGAUCAUUUACAGAUGUGUCAGGCUGAACUCAUAGGCCAGGGCUGGGGUUCAGGACAUACUCUCACACUUGUUAAUAUGGAAUUGGGAGGGGUUUUGUUUGAAAGCGAGUGAACUCCGUUCUCAGGAGCAAGAACCUUUUCCUCUGUCGAUAUUUUAGAUAUACUUAAAAUGAUAGAUUGGAAAAAUGUCUACCCAGCCUUUGUUUUUGAACAAGAGCAGGCACAUGGGAGCAAAUGUCUUACUAAUCUUAUUAAGGGCUGACAACAGCUGCCAAGUGGGAUGACCACGUCUGGCUCCUGCACAGGGAUAAGGCAGGGGACGGUUCCUGCUCCAAAGAAUUUAGCCGGAGAGAAUUUAGUCUGCAUCACAAACAUUGCUAUGCACAACCCUUGUUUUUCCUCUUGUAAGCUAAUGAGAACAGCCCCAGCACUUGUGUUAGUCUGUGUGUUUGGCCCUUGACCAAUGUGCUCCAGAUUCAGUAGAACCAAAGGAGGCUGACGCUCUGAGCAGAAAAAGGACUAAUUCAAUUUGUAGCAAAAUAUUAAAGGGAACGGGGUGAAUCAGACUCCUGCUAACGUUGUUAAUGCUUGGGGUGUGUUUUACUCUUGUGACACCACAUGCGAUCUUGUACAUGCCAACACACACACACACCACCCCUCUCCUUAAAGCCUGGGUCUUAGUUCAUGGAAAUUCGGGAGUUGGGUGACGGUGGAAUUAGGGCCCAUGUUAGUGACUGUUGCUAUUUACACUUUGGCAGCUUCUCAAGUCCAAUUCGGAGACUGACAAGGUUACCUCACCUCUCGCUGCUUUUGUACCUGGUCCAUUUCUGGACCACGUUGGUUAGAGAUGCACGUGGAAGGGACCUGCUGGGCCCAUCACUGCUGAGACCGCGGGUGAUUUGGUGAUGCCAAAUUUACCUCUAAGCGUCCUUGAAUGAAACUUGUAAAAGAGCUGCCCAGACAGCGAACAUCUGUGAGAUGCCUGCGUUUUGAGUGCCACACUUAAGCCACUGUGGCUGUCUGGCUCCCAGAGAAAAUGGAUCUAUUUACGUUGCUGCUUACACUGGGGGAAGGGAGGACUCUAGGGUAAGUUUGUGCCUACUUAGCGAAAGUGCUCUCACGUGCUGCAUCCCCACUGCUCAGAGCGUUCCAGCUGGUUGGCCAGGAGAUGGUGAAUCUGGACUUGUUGGCAGAUGAGCUUUCCAAGUGCAUUUUAUGGUCUCUGCAUAAGUUUCCAGAUCUGCGUCUAGGUGAUACAUUGCAUAUGUCCCAACCUUACUCCCUUUGGAGUUUACAUCAUUUGUUUUUAAACCUCCAGUAUAUUUUCUCUUCCUUUUCCAAGAGCUGUAAGGAAUUAGCUGCUAAGCAGAAACAGGAGGGCAAUUCUCCUGCUGAUAAAGAGCUGAUUUUGGCCACGGCUGCCGCUGAGUGUGGAGCCUCAAUCUGUAGUGCAGCUUCUCGAGUAGCUGCUGUUGUCAGCUGCCAGAGGAGCAGUGCUAACACCUUCCACAUUGCAGCGCAGGCAGGGAGCUGGGUACCAACAACUCGGAGGUGAGGGCAAAGUGGCAAAACUCAGAUGGCCAAAAAGAGGUUUGGACACCUUGGCCAAGUGGCUGCAGCUGAGCCCUGGCCGUGUUCCAUGUCUGGGGCUCUGGCUUCACAGAACCUUACCCGGAGAUCAGGCAGCUCCUAGCGAGCAGAAUUGAGGGGAGUGUGUCUGUUUUCUCAGCUAUCAAGAGAUUGCAACGGCAGACGUGAUUGGAUGAGUCACAGUGUGUCCAUCGUGGUCUCUCCUGCCUCUAGCUUCGUUUUGGCACUUGUGCACCCUGCUUUGGGCAACACCCUGCUUCCCAUCCUGGCCAGCGCAGCGGGGUGCUCGGUGAAUGCACUCAUCCUUAUUUCUAAAACUUCCACUCUUCAGAGCUCUUUGCCUGUGAGCUGGGAGAGAGGGACUUCUGCUCACCUGACAUCCCACAGGUCGCAAAGCUUCUCUGAGGUCACACCGGUGAGGCACUGAAACUGGUGCUACCUGAGAACCUGAUGGGCAGAAGUGUGGAAGGGUCACUGCUCUGCUCCUUGGGCCGGAGAGAGGGGAUGCUGCCUGUGAGCUGGACCUCGGCGUGGUUGUGCUUCAAAGCUGCUUUCCAAAAGCAGGAUCAUUGACCGUGGCUCUCAGUCCUGAACUCAGGGUGACUGGAAGGCGGAGAAAGGAUUGUUGUUCCCUUCAGUACCAGCAAAUCAGCAUCACCUGCAGGGGCCAAGCUGACAGUUUCCAUUGAUUGUUUUCUGUCUGUCUGUCUGCUGAUCCCAGCCUCCAGCCGCCUUUGCAAUGCCCUGGAGAACUUUCUAGGCUCAGGUUUCCUGGGCCUUUGGCUUCUCGUGCUGUAAGGAUCUGGCAGGGAAGCUGGUUUUACUGCAAGGAGCUGGGCUGGCUCAAAGCACCUCCCUUCUCUCCCUGGUUCUGUAGCAGCAAGCCUUGCACACCUUCUGCAGCAGCCCAGCUCGCAGCGUGGGAGCUCCCCGCAUGAGAAGAGGCGUCCUCUUUGCAAAUUCUGUUUGUAGAGCCACGUGUUUUCCUCUUCGGGAAACUAAUUCUCAUAAAGGAUAGGUUUCAUGUCCUGCUGAGUUCAAUAAGGGAGAUGCUGGUCUUCCCCUUUGCUUUGGAGAUUCAAACCGGUGGCACGUGAUUUAUUUUUCACGCUAUCACUUUGUCUGCAGGGAGGGGGAGGCAAGAUAAAGGCUCAGGGGUGUGGGGAAGUAAAGCUAUAUAUGCAUAAAGACUGUUUCAGUGCUGAACACUAUAAAUUCAGUGGUGGAUUUAAAAAAAAAAAAAAAAGAAUGUAAAUAUGCAAUGAAUGCAGAAUUUCAC